AUGCUUCUGGGUCUUCUGGGAGUAACACCAGUCUCCGUUAUUGGAUGUCUGGCUGUGCGUCUAAUAUUUUAUCGCUGCUGGCCAAGCCUAGCCUGGCAUAUCCACUGGAUCUUUUAUUCCCAUUCAUUCCUGCUCCUUGAUUCCUUGCUAAUUAUAGACGACCCAGCCACUAACCCGCGCAGUUGGAUGCUUAUGAGUCCGUGCCUUAUAUGCGAAUCAUUCCGUCUCUUUGGCCUGGGGAUCAUUAUGAAUGCUACCAACCUGGUAGUUGAACAACGCCGAGGACAAGAACAAGACGAGGACAAAAAAGAACACUGUGUUUCGAUAGCCGCAAACAGAACAGUCAAAAUAAUAAGUCUCUUUAUUGUGGUGUUAGGGCUAGUAGGGCUAGUACUCUGGUGCGGUGUUCUGGAUUAUUUGGAGAAGUUAUUAUGGAGCGUCAUACUUAAAAGCCCGCCAAGGUUUAAAUAA